AACGUCUCAAUGGCGACAUGUAGCAGCUCGCCGGCGUUAGCGUGUGGCGGGCCGAGUGUCCCUUCCUGCGCCUCAGCCCGAGUCCUCACAGGAUUGUUUAGCUUCGGCGGUGAAAGUGUUGGAGAGCAGAAACCUGUUAUUUUAUGUGGUUGGUUUUGAUCCACGGUGCACAUCAGUGGUGACAGGAAAAGACGGUGCUCGUCAACCGAAGACGACACCAUGGAGCCGUCUAGUAAAAAGCAGCAACAUCAACACAAGCAAGAUUUAGGAACUUCAACUAAAAAGAAGAAGGACAGGGAAAACCGAAAUUCCAUAUCCAAUGAUUUAGUUUUUGACUGGACCCAAAAGAAUGAGAUAGUGGCAGUGUCAGUACUGGUGGGUCCAGGUCAUGACAACCGAACUGUUAAUAUCCACACUGAGCCGACACGACUGUCUGUGUCCCUGCUCGAUGGAAGGAAGUUCUCUACCAAACUCUAUGAAACCAUUGUACCUGAGGGAACUUCCAUCUCCUUCAAAGGACCUCGAUGUAUUAUAAAACUCCUGAAAAAUGACCCCAACAUAGAAUGGCUUCAACUAGAGCCUACCAAGAAAACCCCCGAAAGAAUUAUUACCAGCAGAGUAAAAUCAUCAUCACCAUCUCCGGGCAAAAAUGCUGAAAAGGAAGACUUUGACGACAAAGUUGACAAUAAUGUCAUUCCAGUCACAAAUAUCAAGACUGACCAUGUAGAGAGAGAUGCAGAGUCUCUCCUAGUGAUAUUUCUCUAUGUGAAAAAUGUUAAUAAAGAAACUUCUUAUCUUAAGUUCACUGAAGAUUCUGUGACUGCACGAUUCUCUACAAGUGAUACGCGAUUUCUUCAGCAACACCCGGGCUCAAAUGAAGAAUCUGUAUUUGGGUGGUACUUGACUCUUAAAGAUAGAGUUGUCCUGGAUGAAUGCAAGUUCAAGAUUAAUGCAAAUAAUAUAGAAAUCAAGCUUAAAAAGCAAACCAAAAAAAAGUGGGGCUCUCCAACAACUGUUGCACCUGAGACUGGAAGUAACAAAGUUGUCAAAAAUACAUGGAUGGCGGCAAGCAAGUCGGAAACCCCAAGUCUUUCCAAUAUCCCACCUGCACCACCAACACCACCAACCCCAACAGAUAGCAAGAAACCCAUGUGCUUAGUGUCUCCCGUGACCAAAGGAAUGCGCGGCAGCCCACCAACCAACUACCCUUCCUCGUCAAAUGUGUGUGAUGGAGGUGGUACAGUUACCCCUCGAGGAACUACUGGUCUAGAUAACAUAGGCAACACUUGCUUCAUGAACAGUGUUCUGCAGUGCCUAGUCAACACUCAAGAACUCAGGGAAUAUUUCUUAGAUUCAAAUUUCCAGCAGGAUAUCAACAAAGAUAAUCCCUUGGGCAUGGGAGGGAAAUUGGCUGUGUCCUUUGCCAUUCUCAUGAAGCUUCUGUGGUCCGGGUCACUGAGGUCUCACGCGCCCACCAAACUCAAGUCCAUGAUGUCAAUGAAGGCCAAUCAGUUUUCUGGUUUUGCCCAGCAUGAUGCUCAGGAGUUCAUGGUUGAGCUGUUAGAUGGUUUACAUGAGGAUUUGAACCGUAUUAAGAAGAAGCCUUACAUAGCCGAGCCUCCAGAUCUGGAUGGAUGGCCAGAUCACAAGGCUGCAGGCGAAUCAUGGAAGCUGCAUAAGAUGCGUAAUGAUUCUAUUAUCGAUGACCUCUUCAAAGGCCAGUUCAAGUCUACCCUUACUUGUCAUCAGUGUAAUAAAGUUUCAGUGAAGUUUGACGAAUUUUGCUGUCUGUCUGUCCCGAUACCAAAAGAUCAGAAGAUCAUCCAAGUGAUCUUUUUCUGGAAAGAUCCUUAUCAGAAACCCAAGAAGUUCUUUAUUAGAGUGUGUGCAGAUGCUGGAGUAGAAGAACUGAAGAAUGAAUUAUCAGAACUUACAGAAGUUCAGCCAAAUUGUAUUCAGGUGUUUGAAAUGUUCAAAUCGAAGAUCCAUAAGAUAUUUGUCAAACAGGCUUCCCUAUCAUCUGUUGUUCCCAGUGAUACACUCAUGGCUUACGAAGUCUAUAGUCAGCAUCAGGUUGGAGAGCCUGUAGUGGAAGUAGCAGUGGUACAGCGCAUGAUGAUUCCCAACCCCCCCACCCGCUGCGCUUACUGUUCUAGAAGUGCUGCUCCUGGGACCAAGCUACGACGCUGUACCAAGUGUUUCAGAGCUGGGUAUUGUCACCAGGCCUGCCAGAAAAAUCAUUGGUUGAAUCAUAAGGUACACUGCAAGCUGGUACCUGAGCCAGUGGGUUGCCCCUUUAUCCUGUCUCUCCCCGAAAGCCACGCCACCUACUCCCGCUUAACAAGAAUCAUGGAAGCCUAUGCUCGUUAUUCGGUCGAUAUCUUCCAGCCUCCCGUUUCUCAUGAUUCGUCCCACAGAGGGAGUGCCUCAAGCAUAGACCUCUCAAAUGAAGAAAAUGAUGACAUGGAGGUUGAAGAUGGCAGCAAUGAGGAGAGAGGGGAGAACAGUGAUGUGCUGAUGGCCAGUGAGAGUUCUCAGGGAGAUAUGCAGAAUCAGUGGCCGGAAGACUGUGCAGGGGGAAGUGAUGCUGGAGCUGCAGAUAGUGGAGGAGGCAUUGAUGGGGGAGGCAGCAGUGACAAAGGAGGAGGCAGUGAUGGAGGUGGUGACAGUGGCUGUGAUGAGCCUCCACAGCUCUCGUCUUCUCCCAGUGUCCGGGCAGUCCAGCCAAGAGGAAGCCUCCAGUUACCAUCUGCAACUCAACUUUUUGUUAUAAGGCCAGUCAACAACCGGGCUCAGAACCUGCCUGCUCCUAAUGGGGAGACUUUAGAGGAUAAAGGUGAUGAGCCUUUGGACCUGAGUGACAAGUAUUACCUAGCUAUGGAUUGGAGAACCAAUGAAAGGCUGCCUGUCCACUGUCUUGUUCAGAACAAAGAGGUGGACUGUGAAGUUGAAGGUUCAUAUUCAGUGCAGCGGAACCAGCAGACGAGCCUGGAGGCAUGCAUUGAUCUCUUUACACAGCCUGAAAAUUUAUCAGAGGGAGAUUCUUGGCGCUGUCCAAGAUGCAAAAUGCCUGUAGAAGCAACUAAACAAAUGAGUAUUUGGAGACUCCCUCAUAUUUUAAUAAUCCAGCUCAAGAGGUUCUCCUUCAAAUAUGUCCUCUACUCCGACAAGAUUGACAAGUUCGUCCAGUACCCAGUAAGAGGGUUAAAUGUACAACCAUACAUGUCGUGUGAGCCUGAAGACGGGCCUGCAAUUUAUGACUUGUAUGGAGUGAUUAAUCACAUGGGUCGCCUGCUUGGAGGUCAUUACACUGCAUAUGCUCGCACCACAGCAAAACAAGACUCCAGACAGUCGGAAGUUGACUGGAGGUUGUUUGAUGACAGCAGAGUGAAUUUCUGCCCAGAAUCUCGAGUCGUAAAUGAGCAAGCAUACCUACUCUUGUACCGACGUAGAGACACGCCAUUCACAGUUCACAGACCUCUGCCUCCCCCAGCACCAGUCGUCCAGGAGGAAACUGUACCUGAACAAACGGCUGAGAUGGAAGAAUCAACUCCUAUGUCAAUUUCCUCAACAUCACAGCUCUCCUCCUCUCAACCCUCUUCCUCAAGCCUAGAGGGCGAGGAACAAUUAAGUACCACUCAGGAAGAACUUGACUAGACCAGCGAGUAGUAGCACAACAUGUUUGGUGUCAAACAUGUAAUUGCAGAAAUGUGGAAAUAACGGCACUUUCCUUUUCUAUACUUGUAAAGCAUUUCUGGUUGUGUCAGGCACUUGGUACAGUACCACAUAGCAUGUCAGUAUUUCUUAUGCCAUCCAUCAAAAGGAAUCAUCACUUAAAAUAUCAGGUUUGGUUGUAUAAUUGAUGUAGCAAAACAUAGAUUAGACUAUUUCUGUUUUUUAUGUAGUAUUAAUUUAUUACAUUUUCUGCAUAACUUAUUUUUUUUAAUAAUUAUAUAAAGAAAAUGUCCUCCACUUUAAGAACUGGAAGCACAGAGAGGAAGGAAAUGGGGAGAGUUAGUUCUCUUGAAUUUGUGGUACUUUUCAUUUGCAACCAGUGGAAAGGAGUAUUAGUGUCUUGUGUAAGAUCCACACUCGUAAAUUAUUAUAUGUGCUAAAUCACUGACACUGUAAAUAGUAUCUUUUAUUGAAAAUAAAGUGUAAUUCUGCAGGUGAUUAGUGUGCAUUAAUGACUCUAAAAUUGUCAGUUUUACCUCAGGUGAAGGAAUAUAAUGUUUGGCAAGUGGCUGCAUGAUACAGCACUUUGACUUCUUCAUAACCUCAUAGUUCAACAAAAAUGCUAUAAUGAUUUUAGAUUUGAGCUCUUUAAAAGAUGAAUAUUUCUAUAUUUAGAGAACCCUUGUUGAUAGAUAAAUUAUGGAGUUCACAGAGCCAAAAACAAUAGUAGCUUUAAUAAGAAAAAGAUGUUUUAAUCUCCUUGAUUCACGGAGCAAGGAAUAAGGGGAACUUGCAAAUACAUGUUAGAUAAAUGGACUUUCAUGGGUUUUACUGCAUUGUCUGUAGUAAAUCAAAUAAUGACAUGUGUAAGAAUUGCAUUGGUAUUUCCACUAUAAGUGAAUAAUUUCUUUUUAUCCUUCAAAAGAGUCUUUUUUCAAACCUUAUGUCUGCAUUUUACCUAGCAUUAUACAUGGAAGUUGCUCAGACCUAUCGGCAUUUGUUCGUGGACUUAAGUAAAUUGCUGCAGGAAAUGACAGUGAAUUCUGUUGUCAUUUACUUCAGCUUUCCAAGCAUUCUCACUGAUUUUACAUUUUCUGGUAGGAGCACUUACUAAUUGUAAGAUGUCAUUAGAAGGGGCUUUUGUUUAUGGAUGGGAGCAUUUCCUUAGAAAGAUUGUGCUCAUCACAUCUUCACCAGUUGUGUAUUUUUACUUAUGUUGAAUGGUGCAGUUUAUAAAAGAGCAGAAUAAUGGUUCGAUAACAAGCAUUUCGUGUAUAAUUUUGUGGUGUAGGAAAUGAAAUCAAUCCCCAUUAUAUUGACAGUCCAGAAUUUAACUACUAGAAAGUUGGUAAUAUAACAAAUGAUUAUUUCCAAAUCAAGGUUGUCAGAAUCUGUGAGGAGAGCAUUUUAAAUGGAUAUGAAAGUUAGCAUUCGUACAGGAACAAAACCCUUUUCUUAUAUUCAGAAUUGUAAAAUGAUUGUUCUCAGUUUCUAGCAGUGACAGUGCUCAGAGGUUAACAAUUGUGGAUUGUUAGCACUGUCCAGAACUCUAUGUGGUAUGGGUUAUUGUGACACAUUUGUGUUCAUCCGAUAUAUGUAAUGGUUUGUAAUCUUUAAUGUGUUGUCUAUAUCUUUACCUCAAGUAGAUAAAAAACUCUUCUUCCACUUAAUGUGCAAAAUUCGUUUUAGUCAUCAUUCAUUAAAGAUAUAUUUGGAAGGGUCUUCAGAAUCUCUCAUAGAGAUCUUAACAAAACUCAGACAAAUAUGAUUUGUUACUUGGUAUUUCCACCUUAUAUUAUUGACCUUUGUGUGUAUAUUGCAAGAAAGGAAAGGGAACUGUUUUGUAGGGUCUAGUAAUGAGUUUGGGUUCUUUUUUCUUUUGUUUCUAUUUUUUAUUUUUCUGUUUCCUUUCUUCCAAACAUAAUGUUUAAAGGUAUAUGAAUUAAAUACAUAUUAUGCCUGACCAUGAGCAACUAUUUUGGGUAGUUGGAAGAUACAAGUAAAACUUCUAGCCCUUUCAGACUGAAAAUUACAUCUUUCUCUUAUCUUUCCUAAGUAAUACUAGUCUCUUGAAUGUGCACUCUGAGCUUGCAAGAAAGUUUGAACUUUCUGGAGGUGCAGCAUUUUUAGUUUUAUUCUUUUAACCCAAUGUCGCCUGGAAAAUGCUGUUCACUGUAGUAUUGUUUCGUGAAAUGUCACUCCGCAAAGAUGGCUCCACUUCUACUUGAUCACUAAGGAGUCCAUUAGUAGACCUUGUGACCUCACCUGAUUUGUUUUUGCUUGAUUCUUUUUCUUUUCUUUUUUCUUUACCAAAUGCCAUUAAUAUCAGUGUUGUUUAUAUUAUAAACAUUAUGUUAUUUACAUUACUGAUUUCAACAUAAGAUAAAAAAAAUGUUGCUGAAAAUCAAGGAAAGACUUAAGUAAUAAUAGUAACUGGCGCAUUAGUGAAUUUGUACUUUUGGAGCCAUUUAUGUGUAGAGACAAUUGAUAAAUGAAACGCAGUGGGCACAGCAUGUACGUAAAUACCAUCCCUGGCAGCAUUGGGUUAAUCUUGGAGAAAUUGAUUCUAUGCUGAAGCUUGUAGAAAGAUUACUGGAUAUAAUGGGAGUCAUUUAAGCAUACCUUUCUCAUAAGGAAUCCCGUAAGUUUUUUGUAGCCAAGUUUGAUAAAUUACCUGAUAAUAUAACCAUCUAAAUUAAUCAGUAAUUUUAAGGUACGUGUCUCUAGUGUCUUCCUUUGUAUAUUGGAUUCAAAAUUAUUCACUCGAUGGCUUGUAAGUUGACAUAAUAGCAUUUAAAUGAGGUUAAUUGACCUACAUUGUUGCAUGCUAGUCUUGAUCUGGUCACAAUGAAUUUGGUAACUGUAAGUAUUUGAAAUCAUUUUUGGACUGUAUAAAGGGAUAGAUUUUUUUUUAAAGCCUUUUUUUCUUUGUAUUUGCUUAACAAACCAGGCCAGGCUAAUGUGUAUUUAGUUUGUCAGAAUAACACUGUGCUUUUCUUCAGAAUUACACUGCUGUUCUUUAUCUGUUCAUAAAGUUUUCUCUCUCUAUACCUAUAUGCUUUUGAGGGUGAGAGAGAAGAGUGCAGAAGUGGAAUAUGGUUGAUGGAGAAUUUUAUGUAAUUGUGUGGAAAAAAAAGUUUUCAAAGAAAUUCAGUAUUGUUUCUGCCAUUUAUAGUUACAGUUUUGUAAGUGGUGUCUCCCCAUUUUGUAAGUGUUAUAUGUUCUGAAGUUGCUUCCUGUUCUGGAUAUUUCUUUGGUUGCAUAAGCAGUUUCUGUGUGUUGAAAGUGCUGUGCAUACCAGUCUCUCUUGUAUCUCUUCAAUUCUGCAUGUAGUGCUACUGAAUUCCUAGACACUGAUCUAGAACAUACCUCAUUUCAUGUGUUAAUAUGAUAAGGUUUAAUUUAUUUGUGUGUGCAUUGACUGUACUGUGUUUCACCCAUUUUUCAACUCUGUUGGAUAGUUAACUGACUUUUAUUUGGAUAUCAAUACACAUCAAGAUAAAACUUUUUUAUUUAUUUAUUUUUUUUACACUCCAGUGAUAUACAAUAACAUUUAUAUUCAGAUUUCUAGGUAGCAUUUGAAGAUAUGUAAGUCCUGUGAUUUGGAUACAUUUCAGAUAUCCUUUCUCUUAUAGACAUACAUCAUGUGAAAAGAGAAAUUAAAAAUAAACUACAUGUUUCUGUCUAUGAAAUCUGACAAUGUCUACCUGUAUUAGAGAACUUUUUUCUGUCAGUUGAUCUAUCAAUAUGUGAGGAGCAAUGUAGCCUUUUUCACAUUUACUUGAUCUCAUUGUCAUUGGAAUAUAACUUUAUAAUCUAAAUUACAAUAAAGAUGGCAUACUGCAGCCAAGGACUUGAUAGAAGUGCACUCUUAUUUUCGUUAAGAAAAUUGAGGUUCAUACAAGAAAUUGGUUUGACGAAGAACAUUGAAUAGAAAGUUAUAUAAAAUAAGUGAAUGCAUCAAGUAACAGCAAAAAACUAGAAUAUUUUGAAUUCCAAAUAAUUGGCUUUAUGUAGACUUUCUAGAAAAUAAACUCAGAUUUUGCUAA